AACCGGGAACUAUAUAGAUUGCAAAUUAUAAAAGAACUUUUUAGGUACAUACAUAUGUACAUAGUAUAUUUUCUCUGGAUGUAAACAAAACAAUUUCUUCCCUAUAUUUGAUAAACUUCAGUAGGAAAUAUGAUUUGUUCGUGUACAAACAAAAUGUUUUUAAAAUCGCUAAUUAUUUUUGCAAUGUUCCAAAUAAGAGUACAAGGUACAGAAAUGGAAAAUAAAAAAAAAGUUGUCUGUUAUCAUGGCAGCUGGUCGAGUAAUCGUAAAUCUUUGGGUAAAUUUGAUAUUGCAAUAAAUAUGAAUCCUCAUCUUUGCACUCAUCUUAUUUACGCCUUCUAUGGAAUUGAAACUUCUGGUGAUCUAAGAAUUCGAGAUCCACAACUUGAUUUGGAAGUGAAAAAUGGACAAGGAAAUAUACGAAAAUUUAAUGAUCUAAAACUAAAAAAUUCCUCUUUAAAAACAUUACUUUCGGUUGGUGGAUGGAAUGAGGGUUCUACCAAUUUCUCCAUAGUUGCAGCGGAUCCACUUAAGAGAAUGCGGUUUCUGCAUUCGGUAAUAGAUUUUUUGCAAAGACAUAAUUUUAAUGGUUUAGACAUAGAUUGGGAAUAUCCGAAUCAGCGUCAUACAUUACCGAAUAAUGAUCGUGAAAACUUUGUGCUUUGGUUAAGGGAAUUAAAAGAGGGAUUUAAACCUUAUAAUUUUCUUUUAACGGCUGCCGUCAAAGCGGUAGAAUAUGAAUCAGAAAAAUCUUAUAAUAUUACGGAAAUGGUUAAAUAUUUGGAUUUCUUGAAUAUAAUGUCAUAUGCUUUAAAUGGUGUUUGGGGUCCGGGAGUGGGAAUUAAUGCUCCCCUAUAUGCUGGUCCCUCAGAUCAAACAGAACGUGCAAAGCAGCGUAACUUUGAUGCUAUUGCAAAGUAUUGGAUAAAGAAAGGAGCUCCACGUGAUAAAAUCGUCAUGGGCAUUCCCUUCUAUGGUCGUUCAUUUACUUUGGAAAAUUCUAAUAAUCAUAGUGUUGGAGCAGCCCACACUGGUGUCGGUAUUGCUGGUCCCUACACUCGCCAACUGGGAAUACUUGCCUACAAUGAGUUAUGUGAAAAAUUUCUUAUGGAAAAAUCUUUAUGGCAUUUGGAAUGGGAAUCACAGCAAAUGGUACCCUAUGCCUACAAGGAUAAACAGUGGAUUGGUUAUGAUAACGAAAGAAGCGUUGAAUUGAAAGUAAAUUAUGUGAAUAGAGAAAAUUUAGGCGGUAUUAUGAUAUGGACUGUAGAAUUGGAUGAUUUUCGUGGUGUUUGCAAUGAAAAAACUUAUCCAUUGUUGAACAUUAUCAACGAAGGUUUAUUUGGAAAGCUAACGGCAAAUGUAACUUCAGCUGUAGACGAAAAGGAACUUGAAUAGAAACUUUCAGUAUAAUUUUGAAUUUUUUAAAAUGUUAGACUAAACUAAAGGCUUGACUAUAGACUAGACUAUAGACUAGACUAUAAACUAGACUAUAGACUAGACUUUACACUAGACAAUACACUAGACA